AAGAAGUACUUCCGGGUCAGAAGUCACCAACGUGGCUCGUGCGGUGUUUUCGUUGCUCGUCGAUUAAACCGCGACAUAAACGCAUGUCCUCGCGGGUCCAGUUCACACGUGUUUUCACAGGCACAAACAUGGGGGAGUUUAAGGUUCACCGGGUCCGGUUCUUCGAGUUCAUGCCCAGCGCGAUCAGAACCAUGGCGUUUAACAGCCGAACCGAUCGGCUGGCUCUGGCCCGGGCCGACGGAACCGUGGAGAUCUUUAACUUCGCAGACAAUUACUUCCAGGAGAAGGUGAUACCGGGGCGGGACGGCAGGACGGUGGAGGCUCUGUGUUGGGUCGGCCAGCGUCUCUUCAGUGCUGGUUUGAAUGGAGAGAUCACAGAGUAUGACCUGGAGAACCUGAGGCCAAGGUACACAGUGGAGGCCUAUGGCGGACCAGUGUGGACCAUCAGCAGCAACAGCCAGGGAACUGUGCUCGCGGCUGGUUGUGAAGAUGGGACAGUGAAGAUGUUUGAAAUCCUGGAGGAGAGGAUUCAGUUUGAGAGAAACCUGGACAGACAAAAGAGUCGGGUCCUCUCUCUGUCCUGGCAUCCGUCUGGUAAACUGAUCGCCGCAGGGAUGAUGGACAUGAUCAGAAUCUUUGAUGCUGAGACAGGUCACUCCACACACAGGCUGCUGGUGGAGCGAGGCCUCGGGACGUCCAAGGUCACAGAGGUGGUCGUCUGGAGCCUCGUCUUCCUCUCGGACCACACCAUCAUCAGCGGCGACUCUGCUGGCAAAGUCCAGAUCUGGGACGGAUUCACGGGAACGCUGGUCAAAACUCACCUGGUCACCAAGUGGGACGUCCUGGCUCUUAGUGUUUCACAGGAUGAGAGCAGUGUCGUCGCCGGGACGUCAGAGGGAACCGUCGUCCAGUUUCAGUUCAUCUCGUCCACCGUGGGACAGCAGGACAAGACCUGGGUCAGAACUAGGACGUUCAAAAAUCACUCUCAUGAUGUGAGAGCACUCACACACACAGACACUGCUGUGGUGUCAGGAGGUAUGGACACACAGCUGGUGGUGCGACCUCUGCUGGACAAAGUGGAGAAGAACACUCAGGAGUCUGCGCUGCGUAAAAUCACUUUUCCUCACAGGAGUCUGGUUCACUGUGCUAAGAAGACUGGACUGUUGCUUUUCCACUUCACUGAACAUUUAGAGCUGUGGAGGUUAGGAGAGAGUGACGGACAUGGUAAACCAGGAGACAGUUUACCUGUGAAGAGGAAACCAGAGAAACUCAUCCAUCUGAAGAGAAAGGGAGAGGAUCACAUGUGCAGUAGUGCAUUGUCUCCGUGUGGAGGUUGGAUGGCGUAUUCCACCGUGUCCGGUGUCCGUCUGUACAGAGUCCACCACGACAACAACAACAUCAGCGUCACCAAGGUGUCCAAACUACCCAGAAGCCUUUGCUCAGCCCAGCAGCUCUGCUUCUCCUCCGACUCGUCCAAACUGUUUGUGUCCAGCAGCAGAUCUUCUGUUCUUGUCGUCUCUGUCAGUCAGUCGGAGUGUAAACACCUGCACACCCUCAAACCCAAGUCAGGCUGCACACAGCCAGUUCACCUGCUUUGUGUGAGUGAGGACGGGAAGUGGCUCGCCACAGCUAACACAGACUGUGAGGUUCACGUCUACAACCUCGACAAGAUGAAGCUUCACUGUACAGUUCCAGUGUACAGCUCGUGUCCCACAGCCAUCGGCCUUCACCCAGUGACCAACAACCUGGUUAUGGUGCACGCUGACCAGCAGGUGUUUGAGUUCAGUGUGCAGCAUCACUCUUACACAGACUGGAGUCGGACUCUGCAAAGACGAGGACUUCACUCUCUGUGGACAGAGAGAGACACGCCGGUCACACAUGUGAUCUUUGACCCCAGACACCCGUCUCACAUCAUUCUGCACGAUGCUUUCAUGUUCUGCAUCAUCGACCAGAGUCUGCCACUCCCUGAAGCUAAGACAAUGUUCUACAACCAGAUGAUGCUGAGGAGCCUCCCUGAGUCUGAGAGGAGGAGCCACAGUCACGCUUUCAAGAUCUGCAAGAACUUCCAGCACCUCCUGUGUGUGAGUUUAAUGGAGGACCAUUCUCUGGUUGUGGUGGAGCGCCCCCUGCUGGACAUCAUGUCUCAGCUGCCUGCACCUGUGCGGCAGAAGAAGUUUGCCACAUAAAGUUCAGCCUGAACCUCCACAGUCGCCCAGUUCACCCUGAAUGAAAGUGUGCAAACUUUGUAAAAAACAGUUUUUAUAAAGUAAUAAAUACAUUUUACUGUU